CCUUUCUCAUGUACCAAGAAAAUCGGCAAAAUGUUCACGACAACCGAAAACCUUCUGCCCAAUGUCAUUAGACGGAAGAAGCGUAGGGUAAGGCCUUACGCUAUUAUCGUUGGUGUUGAUGUUAUACUCCGGAAAUUGAGCUUCUUUGACAUAGAGAAUUCAUCCAAUAGAGCAUCGUGGUUUCUGUCAAAAAUCGAGGACGAGAAACUCCUCUAUAUGGGACCUAGCGAUAUCCGAUACCUGAUAUGGGUCAUUGCAGCAAUCAAAACUGGAAAGUGUGUUGUAUUUCCAUCACUGGCAAAUCAAGUUCCAGCAAACCAACGGUUAAUCGAAACUGUAGGAGCUAAGACUCUCCUUUAUGCCCCUGAAGCGAGUGUUGUGUUGGAUCCUCUCCUGGUGGCAACGCGGGAAUAUGUAGAACAUGUUCCUACUCCGACAUACGCGGAAUUGUUGCAUGAGGACAUCUCACCGACUUACCAGUUUGAGAAGUCCUUCGAUGAUAUCAAGUCCACCAACUUCAUGGGACUUCACACUUCAGGGACAUCGGGGAAUCCGAAACCCAUCUAUUGGAAUCAUUCGGCGCUAGCCACACUGUCAUCGUUCCUGGACACGUCUAUCACAGAUCAGCAUGGCAGUGGGGAGAACUUGACGUUAGACCUUUACCAAGGCACCAACAUAUUUAUUCCGUUCCCAUUAUCUCACUUUGGCGGCAUUGCCUCCUCGCUGGCUUCUAUCUACUGUGAGAACACGGUAGUUCUCCCAGCGCCUGGUACCCAGUUAACACCGGAGAAUUGCACACUCAUCCUCCAGCAUGGCGAAUGCACAGCCAGUGCCUCUCCACCGUCCAUCCUAGAGUCUAUGCUCAGCUAUUCGCCUGGGGUGGACGCGCUAGCUAGACUAAAGCAUGUUGCUUACGCAGGCGGGCCUCUAAACCCGAUCCGUGGUGAGGCUUUAGCAAAGAAACUACCGCAUCUGUUCUCUCUCUUAGCUAGCACCGAAGGCGGCAUUGGUCGAUUCGUAUCUUCCGGGAAUAGUUCUCGUUGGAAUUCCUUCAAGUUCCUGGUUUACCCACGGACUGAGCUCAUCAAUCGGACCCACGCAUUCUUCCAUACGCAUCCCCAUAUUGAAGAGGAAUUUCGCACUUCUGAUUUGUUCUCUCCCAUUGACGACAAGAAUGAGUGGUGGAUAUACAGAGGCCGAGCCGAUAACUGGAUUGCCAUGUCGAAUGGCCUCAAGAUGGAUCCAACCGAAAUGGAGAACAAGAUAGCUUCGCAUCCGGAUGUCACUGGUGUCAUCGUGGCAGGUUCUCACCGCUUUAGACUAUGUCUACUACUUGAGCUAAAGGAAGGAGCAGACGAUCGGUCAUUGGAGACAAUCUGGCCAGUCAUUGAGGAUGCAAACAUGGAGGUACCCAAGUUUGGACGAGUGCCAAAGGAGUUGGUUUUGGUUGCUACACCUGAUAAGCCCUUUUUGAGAGCCGGCAAGGGUACUAUUCAGCGCAGGUUAACUAUCCAGGUUUAUGAGGAAGAGAUCAGCAGACGUUACGAUGAAGUUGAAGACGGCCUGCUAACCAGUGGAAUAUCCCUUCCGCUGUCGAUUGAGCCUCAAGACUUGACCCCCUUUUUAAGGGAGGUCUGUUCCCAAUCUCUCCUUGAUAAUGACGAGGUUAGUACCAUCAACGUCGAUGAAAGUCUGUUUACAUUUGGACUCGAUUCCCUCUCCGCCUUCGUACUAUUGGCCCGGUUAAAGGCUGCUCUGAGGAAAUACGGCGUCGAAGAACAGAAAUUGCAGCUCGUCAAUAACAAAUUACUAUACACAUCGCCAACAAUCCGUCAACUAGCAGAAACCCUAUCCAAGGUGCUAGCUAUGUCAGAGCAUUCGAGUGGGGCUGUUGAACACAAUAUCGACGACUUGACGAUACAUCUAUUGGAAAAGUACGACGCUGAGCUCAAGGGGUUCGUCAAGCACAAGGUUGUGCAGAUAGGAGAGAGCAACAAUAACCCCAAGGUCGUCGUAUUGACUGGAUCGACAGGCUCUCUUGGAUCGCAUAUCCUGUCUUCGCUGCUAGCCAGAAGUGACGUCAAGAAAGUGUUCUGUCUUAAUCGAAAUGGAGAUACCAGAAAACAAUCUGCCUCGUUGAAGUCCCAGGGGCUGCCAAGUUCGCUAGUCGACGACGAGCGGGUCGUCAUCCUUCAAGCAAGACUCGCGGAGCCGAAGCUAGGGUUAUCAAAAGAAGACUAUAAUUCGCUUUUAAGGGAGACAACGACCAUCAUCCACAACGCGUUUCCUGUUAACUUCUUGCUCGGUCUUCAGUCUUUUGAGCCACAAUUCCAAUCUCUACUCAACUUGCUCAGGUUGGCUACUGACAGCCAACAUAGUUCGGCGGUACUGUUCAUCUCAAGUAUCACCGCUGCGAUACCAGCCGUAGGUAACACACAAGAGCAAACAAUCCCAGAAGCCGUACUCGAUACAGAACAAGCCAGAGCACUGCUCCAUCAAGGCUAUGCUCGAGCGAAGUAUGUAUGUGAGCGCCUGUUGGCCAGUUAUACGACAGCUGCAGGGCAAACGGCCGCCGUUCUCCGAGUAGGGCAGGUCUGUGGGCCUUCUUCAGGCAAUGGUGUAUGGAACAUAUCAGAAUGGGUCCCUUCUCUUGUCCUAAGUUCCAAAUUCCUCGGGGCCGCCCCAGACUCUCUCGGAAGCCUUGAGAUCAACUGGGUCCCCAUCGAUAAGCUAGGCCGCAUUGUCACCGAAAUUGUGGGCAUUACCCCAAGCCGCGACGACCCAACAGGAUUCCAGGUGUACAAUAUCGUUAACCCGUCGAUAACCUGCUGGGGAAAGCUAUUGCCCACAAUCGUCAAAGUUGGACCUCUGGCUAUCGUCUCUGUUUCCGAGUGGGUCGAAAAGCUAGAGAAGAGCGAAGGAGGACAUCAUAUGCUCCACCAGAACCCUGCCGUCAAACUCAUUGACUUCUAUAAGCAGACUAUGCUGGCAGACGAGAGUGAACUAGCUAAAGUAGAGAUGGGUAAUUUAUUGCGAGUAAGCGAGACGGCAGCCAACCUGCAGCCAAUUGACGAAAGUGAUAUGGCACGUUGGAUGAGGGGCUGGGGAUUGUGA